AGUUUUGAUGUGUCAAAGAAGCCAGUCGCAGAGGUCAAGAGAAUAUGUCCAAGUCCUUCACUGCCUCUGGCUCUGUUCCCUCUCCCACCCUGUGUCACAAGGAUCAUAACCUCCUACCGAAGCGCUGCUGUUUUUCUCCCGUCUUAGGGGUGUGAUGCUUCCCAAAGGGAUGAAGCAGCCGUGAGGCUUCUGUGAGGAUGUGGAAAUGUUAUAGGAAAAUAAAAUGAUGCUAGAAAAAAGUUGUGGUUUCCAUCUGUUUCGUGGCGUGGGGUUUUGAGGUCUGCAUGUGCACACGUGUGCUCAGAGGUAUGAGUGCAAAUUCAACACGGCUCGGCUCCGGUGCAUCCCUAAGUGACACCUGUGAUCCCCAAGUACAAGCCAAGAUCCAGGACUAAAUCCUCUGGUGAGUAGUGAAUGGCUGGUGAUUGCACAGACACACACCUGCCCCAUCCCACUCUUGCUUGUACAGCAGCAUGAAACAAUGCAAGAAGCGCGGCUCCAGGGAACAUCCUCCAGGGUCUGGAGAAGACCAGCAAUGUCCACUCCCCUUAUGAUGCCCUCCACAGAGCCACACCAGUUGAGCUGCACUUGCAACCCUGUGCCCAGUGGAGUUAGGGAGGGACCUGUCCCUGAAAUCCUAAUAUUCAAGUUGUUUUUGGGGCAGGCAGUUUUACAUCAUCAGAAGCUGGGAGUGGGACACGGAUGGGGCCUUGAUGCCGAGGCGUGCGAUUUCUGUUCCCUAAGCAGUCUCUUUGCAUUGCCUUUUUGUCUGUCUUCAACCACUUGAACUCUGAUAAUUAUAAAACAGGCAAAGAUCUCAGUGUGAUCGACUGAGGCAGCCCCUCAAAUAAAAGGCAUGAGAAGAAUCCUCCCAGUUCAGCAGGAGACGAAAGGUUGCCCUGGAGCCCUCUGGAUUGCAAACUCAGCCCGUUGAGGUGGAUGCUCCCUGAAGUGGGAAGUUUCAGAACAUUUCUGAAUUUCUCUUUAGCAGCCAACCUGAGACUAUUUAGAUGCCGGAAAAGCAAUGCAAUAAAACUUCCUUUUGGAAAAAAAAGUCUAUUUUAGACAGAUUUGUAUCCUCAAAUGAGGUACGGGAGGGGGCCGGGAGGCCUGUUCAGUGACAGGAGGACCCACAGAGGCAAAGGAUCUCAAGCUGCAACCUGCAGCAUAGAAGAAAGUCCAGGCCGCUUCCCAUCUAAAUGCAUCCCUGCGUGGGGUUUGUCCUCUGCCCUGCCGCUCUGCUGACCUCUGUAACUGCCUCAACUCUACUACGCUGCUGCAAAGGACAUGAACAACCCUGUGCAAACCAUAGAUUCGCCUACCUGGGGUUUGCUGCAGGUAGGUCCAGGUCACCAAUUUCUGCAAGAUUUUGUUAGAGUGCAACCAGCCCUGACGGAGGAAGCACAGGCCAGCUGUAGCCAUCUAGCCAGAUGUGCUGGCGGAGCCAAGCCUAUAACUCCAGCUGGCAAACCCGUUCCACCAGGUUGUCUAGUUUCACUUUCCAGAUGAGGAAGCUCAGCACAGACACACCUCCCCAGUGCCGAGAAGCAGCCCGGCACACCGUCGGUGCUGACUUGAGAAGAGCACGAGUAAGGGUCUGCAUUAAGGCGGCAGGAGGGAAGCAAGGUUGGUCCCUGCUUUGGCUUCUGGAGGUGGCUUGGAGGAGCAGCACUGUGCUGGGACAUCGGGGUUGGUGUAACAGGGACAUGGAGCAGUUUGUGAGGAAGCGCUUGACCUUCCUGGCUUCCUUCUGGAACAAACUCCGCCCGAGAUCCGUCCCCGACAACUGCUCUCUGGGGUAUUUUGGUCCCGACCCUGUCUCGCUGCAACCAGACCAGGAUCCGGAUCCUGCUCUCCCUGCUUCCCCGCUCUUCGUCGCUCUGUACGAUUUCACAGCCAGGAGCACAAACGAACUGAGCGUAAGCCGAGGAGACAAACUCUGUGUCUACAAAGACGUGGGCGAGUAUGUCUUGGCCCGCAGGCUUUCAGGGGACUCUGUAGGCUACGUGCCUGCUAAUUACGUGGCAAAGAUCAGCCAAGAAACUCCCUCCCAUCAGCUCUGGUAUUUCAGCGGCAUCAGUCGACAUGAAGCCGAGAGGCUCCUUCUCUCUCCGCCCAACGAACACGGCUCCUUCCUCAUCCGUGACAGCGAGAGUAGCAAGGGGGAAUAUUCUCUCUCAGUCCGCAAUCAGGCAAAAGUCAGCCAUUUCCGAAUCUGCAAGUGUCCCGAUGGCGGCCUGUAUAUUCAAAAAGGUCACACUUUCCCCAGCAUGGAGGAGCUGCUCGCCUUCUACAUGGAAAACUGGAAAGCGAUACAAAGCCCUUUGGUCAAACCCUGCGUCCUCAAGACACUCCCCGAAAGGGAUGAGUGGGAACGGCCCCGGUCAGAAUUCACCCUCCGGAAGAAGCUGGGAGAAGGAAACUUCGGCGAGGUGUGGGAAGGUCUCUGGAGGAACACGGUGCCGGUAGCCAUCAAAAUCAUUAAGCAAGCUGACAUGAAGGCAGAAGAUUUCACGAAAGAGAUUCAGAAUCUGAAGAGCCUGAAGCACGAGAAGCUGAUCCAGCUCCAUGCCGUCUGCUCCCGGGGCGAGCCGGUCUUCAUCAUCACCGAGCUCAUGAAGAAAGGCAACCUGCAGAGCUACCUCAACAGUCUGGAAGGGAAAUCCCUGAGCACCCUCCACUUGCUUGAUAUGGCUUGCCAGGUUGCUGAUGGGAUGACGUACCUAGAAGAAAAGCACAUCGUCCACAGGGACUUGGCAGCUAGGAACAUCCUCGUGGGAGAUGACCUCACCUGCAAAAUCGCAGACUUCGGCCUCGCCAGGCUUCUCAAGGAUGAUAUUUAUUCCACCAGCGGCAGCACCAAAAUCCCAGUGAAGUGGACAGCCCCAGAAGCGGCCAACUACCGCACCUACUCACUGAAGUCGGACAUUUGGUCCUAUGGCAUCUUGCUGUAUGAGGUCUUCACCUAUGGCCAGACACCAUAUGAAGGAAUGACGAACCAAGAAACCAUCCAGCAGAUCACCAGAGGCUACCGCCUGCCCCGGCCCAGCACGUGCCCUUCAGAGAUCUACCUCGUCAUGCUGGAGUGCUGGAAGGGGAACGCCGAGGAUCGUCCCACCUUCUUCGCUCUGAGAGAGAAGCUCAACUCCAUUUACAGCCGGGUGUACAAAUUGUUCUCCUGAUGGAAACCGGCCAACACUGCCCCAUGACAAUUAGCCCCAGUGACCUCCCCAUGCUCGCGGCAUGCCGCAGGACUUACUGCAGGGCUUCACUCCAAAAGGCCUCUGGGAGCAGAGCUGGAAACGCACCAGGGCUUCUCCUUGGGAGGCCCAGGAGAGAGCAUUGACUGUUGGAAGAGAUCAGCUCUGGGCAUGUUGUCUGGAUGCAUCCCAGAGAGCAGAAGGACUCUUCCUUGUAGAUACUGUACAGCAAAGAUGUCAGCCUGGGCGUGACACGUCCCAACUUGGAAACAGUCGGUUUGCCUUGUAUAAACUAGUGGCUGAUGCUAAUUUAUUUGCCAUGUGCAUCCAACGUAUCUAUCAAUAAAUGUGCAUCCAACCAUC